AGGUGAUAAGAAUGAAAAUGGAGAAGACAUUUGCUUACAGAAGACAAGAAAUUGUUCGUAACACACCCUUGAUCCAUGAGGUCCAGGAAAAAUGGCCAGCCCUCUUCGAAGUACAAGAGAUCAAUGCCGAAUUCAAGCGGAUCACAACCAUCCCCCUCCAGUCCAGAUUUCUUUCGCAGCUAGACAUUCUCCCCGACAAGCUUGUGAAGCUUUUCAAAAACCGAGCUGGCCCGAUUGGCACACAUCUAAAGACCAUUUUGUCACCCAUUACUCAGGAUGGUGAUGGUGAUCGUGAUGAUGAUGAUGUUGAUGUUGGGCGGGAGUGCCUUCUGAAAGGGUUGUGCAUCUACCUCAAUGAGGACCCGAGCAACCUUGUUCGAGAAAUUGUGGAAGAAGAUGACAUCCACAUUCAGAAGGCAGUGGAAGAAACAACAGUUGGCAUUCUUGUUGUGAAGCGCCAUAUCGCAGACCAUUCCGACAUUGGGAUCAUUCUGGAGGGGCAGCAGGUAUUGCAGGAAAUAGACAAUGUGGCUUUAGCAGCAGCAAUGCUGUUUGGGCUCAUAUAUGCGCUCAACUUGGAUUACCCUAAAGAACUCAAAUACACUUUUGAGGUUCUCCAAAAGGUAGUCAUGGAGCUGUAA